AUGGCGUCAGGGCACUCCCCUGCCGCGCAAAACCUGCACCCCCCAAACCUCAAAGCUCCAAACCCCAAUGCGCCCGACGCUCCUCCGCUCGACUUCCAGGGCGUGACUGCGGCGAUCGCGGCGCUAGCGGGCGCAGUGCACGCGCUGCCCGCGGAGGACGAUUUCCACUUCUACUGUAACUUCGCCGCCUUCCGCGCGCGCGUCUCCGCGCUCCGCCAGCGCGUGCGCGCGCUGCUCUCCCGCCUCGGCCCGCCUGCGCCGCCCGCCGCGUUGGCUUCCGCCGCAGGGGACCAGGAUGACGAUGACGCUGACGUGGACGACGCUUAUGAUUGGCUAGUCGACGUGCUGGAUAACCGGCUGGAGAAGGUCGACGUGGCACUUGACGAGAUGCGGAAAAAGCGGAAGAAGGCGCAACCGGAUUGGCAGGGGCUGGAGGAGGAGGAGGCGGAGCAGCGGCGGGAAGCGCUCCUGCGCGAAGCGGGGGCGUUUGGCUCCGGCCUUGCGGACGCCGCCUUUUCCGCGCCCAAGGCGGGAGGAAAGCCGCAAGCAGGCGGAAGCAUGCCGGCGGCGGAGAUUGCCACGUCAGCUAGCAGCUGGCGACGGAGCCUGCGCGGGAAGAACCGGCCGCAGGACGCGUUCGAGCCGCCUGUUGACAACUCCGACGCGCCGCUCUCGUUGCCGCGCCUCGAGUUCAUCGAGGCGAUCCGGCGCGAGGCGGAAGCGGAAAGCCCCGGAGAGGAGAGCGCGGAAGAGGAGGGGAGCGGGGGCGGGCGGGCAGGGGGAGAGUUGGAAGAAGGGGAGGAGGUGGCGGAAGGAGACGGGGGGAACGAGGGUGCGGAGGAGGAGAAGGUGCGCGGAAGGGGGGAGGGGAGAGGCAGGGGCCCUCCGCGGCUGAAGUGGAGAGCGCUGAAAGAGCGCCAUCCGUUGUGGCACCGUCUUCGCCACAUCACCUACCAGCCCUGGCAGCUCUGCCCUCCGAACCUGCCGUCCCGAGCCACCACAACCGAACCAAUCCCAGGCUCGGAACCACACCACCUACUCCCCCCCCCACCUGCCUUAGAAGACACACCCUUUGCUUAUGUGGAAACGCGCGAGCAGCUAGCAGCAAUGGCGGAGGAGAUUAAAGCUGAGAGGGAGGUGGCAGUGGAUCUCGAGAAUCACAACUACCGCUCGUUCCAGGGCUUCCUGUGCGUGCUGCAGCUCUCCACCAGGAAGAAAGACUAUGUGGUGGACGCUAUUGCUCUGAGGGGGGAGAUUGGGCCCCUGCUGGGGCCCAUGUUUGCCGACACACGCAUAGUCAAGGUGAUGCACGGGGCGGACAGCGAUGUAGUAUGGCUGCAGAGGGACUUUGGCAUUUUCAUCGCGAAUAUGUUUGACACGGGGCAGGCCUCACGUGUGCUGGGGCUAGAGCGCUUCUCCCUGGCCCACCUGCUGCAGCGCUACUGCGGUGUGACGGCCAACAAGAGCCUUCAGAUGGCGGACUGGCGCGUGCGCCCGCUGCCAGCUGACAUGCUCAAGUAUGCCCGGGAAGACACGCACUACCUGCUGUACCUGCACGACUGCCUGCGCCUCGCACUCGCUGCUUCUGCUGGUGGUGCUGGUGGUGGUGCUAGUGGUGGUGCUGCUGCUGCUGCUGCUCAGGCUGAUGGGAGGAUGGAUAAGGGGAAGGUGUUGAAGCGCAGUAGGGACGUGUGUCUGCUGCUCUACUCCAAGCCACAGCGCGCCUUCCACUCCUUCCUGCGCAACAACAGGCUGAGUACGGAGGGCUUCAGUGAGGAGCAGAUGGCCGUUCUCUCUGCGCUGUACACGUGGCGCGAUCAGACAGGCAGGGAAUACGAUGAAGGGCUGGGAUACGUCAUGCCCAAUCACCUGCUGCUCAAAGUCGCGCGUGACAUGCCCACCACCGAACGUGCUCUCCGAACCUGCCUCCGAGGUUCGGCCCCCCUUGUGGCUCGGAACGCGGCCACCAUCACCCGAAUGAUCAGCCAGAUCAAAGAUUCUGCUGACUUGGCAACGUCCACUCUAGAGUCGCCAGCUGUCGUCGCAGCACGGCAUGCUGCCACGUCAGGCAAAGACCCAUUUGCUCCUGGCACUCCUGCUGCUGCAGCUGCCGCCGCUGCGGUUGCUGCUGCUGCUACCCGUGCCGCUGCCGCCGCUGGUGUGAGUCCGCCUGGUGCUGGCGCUGCUGUCACUGCUCGUGCGGGUGGCCCUCCAGAAUCUACCAUAACUGCAUCUUCCCCGGCUGUAGCACCGGCUGUAGCAGCGGCUGUAGCGAAGGUGAAGGUGAAGAAGACAGCAGCCAAGUCCGGUUUUGGGGCUCUUCUGGGGCAGAAGCGACCAGCUAAAGCCGCUGGAGCAGCUGUAGCAGCAGGAGCAGCUGGAGCAGGGGCAGCAGGAGCAGUAGUAAAGCCCUUGCCAAAGGUACAGAAGACGGAUGGAGUUGCUGCGAAAGAAGAUUUGGCGGCACGAGUCCGGGCGGCCAUGGGGAUUGUGCCGCAGCCAAUGGGAUCGAAGGAAGCUGUUUCACGGGCAGCUGAAAGGCAUGGAACUGCGGAAGAAAAGGGGGCAGCGGCAGCUGAAGCAAGGGGAGAGGGAGGAGCAGGGGGGAAUGAGGGAGAAGCAGAGGAAGAGGGGGCAAAAGCAGGGGGAGCAGGGGGGGUUGGGGGAGCAGGAACGGUAGAGGGAGCAGGGGGCGGGCAGCAGAAGCGGCAGCGACCGGCCAAGUCUCCGGCUCAUGUGGCGGCUGCAGUGGCGGCUGCAGCAGCAGCAGCACGGGCAGCAAGGAAAGCCGGAAGCCAGACAGAGGGCGAAGGGGGUGGAAACAGUGUGGGAACAAGUGGUGGAGGGCAAGGCAUCAGCACAGUCACAGUCACAGCAGCCGGUUAA